CCCGGCGCGCGCCUCCUGCGGCCGCACUUUCACUCUCCGCUGCAGUGUCCCCAGUGUGUCCGGCCUCCGUCCGCUCGCCGCCUACCUGUGCCAUGGGUGUCAAGGUCCUCGCCGUGCUGGCCCUCGUGCUGACCGCGCUCUGCCUCAGCGAUGAGAAACCGGUCAGCCUGAGCUACAGAUGCCCUUGCCGAUUCUUUGAGAGCCACGUUGCCAGAGCCAACAUCAAGCAUCUCAAGAUCCUCAACACUCCGAACUGUGCCCUUCAGAUCGUGGCACGGCUGAAGAGCAACAAUAGACAAGUGUGCAUUGACCCAAAAUUGAAGUGGAUUCAGGAAUACCUGGAGAAAGCUUUAAACAAGAGGUUCAAGAUGUGAGAGGCGCAGGUUGGGUCAGACGCCUGAGGAAACCUUACAGUAGGAGCCCAGGUCUGAAACCAGUGUUAGGAAGGGCCUAGAGCUGCCCCUUGCACCCAGGCAGGGCCAAAUACAUUGCCAAAGGCCUUGUCUUGCACAGUUUGCCUUACUUUCAUCAUUUGAUUAUGUAGCCAAAUAUAUGGUGUUUAUUUCUCAUUUAGUUUGAUUAUCCAGUGUCACUGGCGACAGAUAGGAACAUAGACUAAGGCCAUUAUUUUACUUGCUUUGUUAUAAUAUCUUUCGCACGGAACCCUUCAUCUGGCCAGAGGUUCCUGAGUUUUGUGUCUGUCUGAGCUGUGCAGGCUGGGACCCCAGAACUCCAGAUUGAUGGAGCCUUGCCCGCAUCACCAUGUCCAGGGUGGAGAGCCACUGGGAGGUGUCAGCACCAGUCAGCAUGGGCAGACCCUAGUGGAGGCUGCCCUGUGCAAGGGGUGGGAGGGGGAUAGGUUCCAGGGGGCCAGGCAGGAGCUUCACCCUUUCUCAGGGUGAGAGCUAGGGUCAGCCUCUCUGGUGAGCAAGGCAGAGCCCCCCGAACUGAGGCAGGCAGAAGUGUGAGGCUAGGGUAGAGUGAGAUGCAGCCCUCGUCCUGAGCUCUCCUCUGCAUCCCAUCACGUCCUUCCCAUCAUUCUCUCUCUCAUCCAUCGUCAUGUGUAUCCAAGACUGUCUCCAUGAUCCCGGAAAAGGACUCUCUCAAGACCAAAGCUUUACUUUAAACUGGGCACCAAGAAGCAAAUCAAAAUGUCUCGUGUUACCCAGUCCUGAAAACACUGUGCACAUCUGUGUCUUGUUUGAAAUAUUGUCCGUUGUCCAAUCCUUUGUUUUUGUUCAAAAUCAAUGUCCUUGGUGCAUGUGCUGUCAGUUCCUGAGAUGCAAAGGCUGAGAAGGAGGAGAUGCCCCCACCCCCAGUGCCUUUGACCAGGUUUCUGAUUAGAGCUGUGAUCCUUUGGCGUGGAACCUUGGUCACAAAGCCAUGGGGGUAUCAACAGAGCCCAAGGGAAUUCGGUUUGCAGCAGUAUGGACCUCCGAGGAUGCAGUCCCUCAAGACUUCUAUAAUUAUUGGUAUCACAGAAUUACAGAGAGUUUUGUUUUCCUGGUGUCAGCACUGUUUGGGGAAUAUCAAGUAAAGAAUUUUCUACUUUUUUUGGGGGGGGGGGGUUGAAAGCCCGAUCCAUAAAAGAAUCAAUCCUGGAUGUGAAGAUUCAUUCCCAAUUAAAAUCUAACCUCACCUUUUUCACCACUUGACAAUCCCAUGGCCUCUCACCUUGCACAAUGGCACUAUCAUCCUGUGCUUCCAGGAUGUUUAGAAAAGGAUGCACUGGUUGGGAAAGUAGCUUAAAAUUAAAUCCUGACAUUUAGGGUGUUUUCCCUUUACUGAGAACAGUGGCUUUCAAACAUUUUAAAAUUUUUACUUUCUGAAAAGGUCGGCACUGGAGGGGUUUUUGCUUCUUUUGCUUUUCAUUUGGUCUUAUUAAUACUUUUCCCCUCUGGUUAAGAUUCCGGUAAUUUUUUUUAAAUUAAGAAAGUAGGAAAACAAAAAAAGAAAAAGAAGGGCAAAACAGGAAAAUGUAUCCAUUGACAUGCAGAAAGUAUAUUCUAGUAAAAUAUACUAGGAUAACUAAAUAACAUGCAGAAAGUAUAUUCUAGUAAAAUGAUCUGAAAUUAUAGGUGUUCUUAGAUUUAAUAACCUUUGGGUUAUCAGUAACAUGUGUUAAGCAUUUCCAUAAAUAUUCCUUUAAAUUGGAUCUUCAUGGCAGACGGCAAAUCCAUCAACCACAAACUCACAUCCUCAAACCAGCUUUGUUAUAUUGAAAAAAAAAAAAGCAAAAACUCACAUCCUCAAACCAGCUUUGUUAUAUUCAAAAAAAAAAAAAAAAGACUAUGGAGGGACAUUAUAAGAGAUACAGAACUGGUUGCAAAACCCUCUUUUGAAAUUAACCUGUCACUACAGAGCUCCUGAAUUAUCCAUGAAAUGAUGGAAUUUUCAGCGGGAGGGUCAUUUUCCAAGUAAUCGAAGAUAUUUUAAAAUCUCAAGGAAAAUUUGAAAGCAUCUUCCCCUGGAACCCAUGAACCAGAGCCAUUCAACCUCUUUCUCCAAUUAAAUUCACAGGGCCCUAAAUCUUGACCACAAUUAAGGAAAGAAUAAUUUCUGUUUCUCCCCCUAGGGGGAAAAAUAGAUAAAAGGAGAAACUGCAGUGAAAAUGAUUUGUGUGACAAUUCCUCUACUUGCAAUCUGCUUCUAGUGGAGACUGACCAGCUAAAGUAAAUAUGCAUUUAAAUAGUCCAUUUGCAAAGGAAAAGGCUCUCCUGAUCUCCCUUUGCUUUCAAAAUACAAGUCCAGUGCAAGAUUUUGAUUAGGGGUCACCCAGCUCUUCCUCCUGGUCCAGUGCUGCCUCUACCUGACCUUCCCUUGAGCUACCUGUAGCCCCUAGGGUGGUCCUCCACCACCAGCCUUUGCAUCAGGACCCAGGCAGGGAAGACUCCAGACUGAGUCUGAAUCUGUGCCUCGUGUUGUUUGCACUGUUCUUUGUCCCGCUCCGGCCAGGUGCUGAGACCCCAGCGAGGAGGCUCAGGAAGAGGCCCUUUGCUUAUCUGCCUGUCCUCCAGAGGAAGGAGGGUCAGCUUUGAGCAGAGGGCCUGAGUAGCAAAAGGUUGCAGUCCCUCCAUUGUGAAGUCCAAGAACUGCCAAGCCUUUUCAUUGGCUCCUUUUUGACCUCUCCCUUCUGACUGUUGCCUGGCAUUAGCACUGUGGGAUAUUUGACUGCCAGUGCAUUGCCUUUCCCAGGUGGUGGAGCCUUUUGUAGCUGGAUGAGAAGUGUGGGGGGGUCUUGAUCCCUCUACACAUCUCCCCUGCCCCAUUCCAAGGGAGCCCCAGCCUGGGGACACGUUCCCUAGAAACCUUCAAGUUCCCUAAGGAGAUCACUGACAUUGCCAAGUUGAAAAUUCCCACACAGAACUUGUUAUUCUGCAACCUCGCUGGACUCUCAGUCUCUGAGCAGUGAUGGGUUCAGUGUUAAAUGUGAGAAAUACUGUAUUUUGUAUUGUUUAAAUUGCAUCUCCCACAUAAUGUGAAAAUGGUCCAGGAGAAGGCAGCUUCCUGUAUGCAGUGUGCUUUUUUUUUUUUUUUUUAACAAGUAACAACUCCUUUUGAGAAACAAUUUCUACUUUGAAGUCAUAUCAAUGAAAAAGAUGUAUAUGCACUUAUAAUUUUCCUAAUAAAGACAUGUAUUCAAACGUA